AAAUGCGGUAUUAUUUUCAAUUCCGUGUACCCACCCAGCCCUUGGGUUAUAUCAAACCAGAAAAUGUUUCUGUAUGACUCAAGCUUUUAAAACAACUCAGCAUAGGUUGAAUUGGGUUCGUACCUCUUUGACCCAACACUGGGUUGAACAACAUAAAACCAAAAUGUAUUUUGGUGAUGAUCUGGACCUGCCCUGGUGGAAUAGGUCAGUUUCUCCCAGGCCCCUGUGCUACACAGUUUCUGUUAAAGCUUGCUGAAGUUGUGAAUGGUCACCAGCCCCUGGCAUCUGCAUGUGUGCCUGGAUCGUGCUUUAUGUCUGUGGGCCUGAACUUCGUCACUCAGCUGUUUUGAGUGGGGAAAAUAAAGGGGCACCGACACAAUGGCCUUGUUCUCUCUGCGUGCACAUCCACUGUGCUAACCCGCUUGGAAACGCUCCACUAUGGAGUGGCUUUUGAUCGCCCUGGCAACCUGUUUGCUAGCCCUCUGCCCUGUCAAAGUCUGGUGUAUUUAUGGAUCCCAACAUUGUUCUCAAGGGAACGAGUGGAGGUUGGAAUAUGAAGAAGGACUUAGUCAUUACAGCGAGGAGGCCCUCAGAAAGGAGUUUCCUGAGAAGACUCGUCCAAUCAGUUUCAAACACCCACCUUUCACAUGUCCUGACAUGAGCCCUUCUUCUUCUGUGCCCACAUCAGUUGAACUGGUGAAGGCGGCAGAUAUCAAAGUGAUUGCAGCUCUUGGGGACUCUUUGACGACAGCCAUUGGUGCAAAUGCGACCACAGUUCUUGGCAUACCUAUUGAAUUUCGACACGUGUCAUGGAGCAUUGGUGGCUAUGGAUCCUUUCAAGACGUCAUUACACUUGCAAAUAUUAUUAGACUAUUCAACCCUACUUUAAUUGGACCCGCCCCAACCCAGACUGUCCAUGGAACUCCAGCGCCUCUGUGUGAGACAGGAUUUAAUCUGGCUGUAACCGGACAUAACACCUUUAAUCUUCCUGAACAAGUCAGACAUUUGAUUGACACACUGAAAACGUACGAGGAUAUAAACUUUGAUGAGGACUGGAAACUCUUGACCGUUCUUAUUGGGAUGAAUGACAUCUGUGAUUACUGCAAAGACAAGUCCCUUUUUUCAGUGGAGAACUUUGUCCAUUACAUGACCGUGUCCUUGGAGAUGCUGAGGAAUGAGGUUCCUCGAAUGAUAGUGAAUGUGGUUCAGAUACUGCCCAUGGAGACCCUGAGGGAAGUACAAAAGCCCACCCCAGGAUGUCUGCUUCAAAGGUCAUUUUGCUCCUGUCUGGUAAAGCCUGCUGCUGGAUCCGCUGAUCUGAAGGAACUGAUCGGAGUCAACCUGGAAUUCCAGAAUGCAUUGGAGAAGUUACUGUACAGUGGCCGUUUCUUUAAGGAUGACUUUGCUGUAGUUUUGCAGCCGUUCCUCAAACACGCAAAUCCACCAAGACUCCCCAAUGGGAAGAUUGACAUGAGCUUCUUUACCCCUGACUGCUUCCACUUUACCAUAAAAGGACACGAGGAGCUGGCCAAGGGACUCUGGAACAACAUGUUUCAACCUGAGGGGGAGAAGUUCAUGGUGGAGAGCUUUUCAAACCCUAUUGAGCUCAGUUGCCCCCCUGUGGGUCAUCCUUACAUUUAUACCAGACCUGCAAAGACUGUGAUACCACGGUCAUCUGUCAACAGACCAGCAGCUCUCCGUCUCAUGCUUGUCUUGGCUUUCUUUCAACUCUGGUUGGCUGUAAAUCUGGUCUCUUUGUAGGAUGUCCAUAUGGAGUAUUAUGGUACAUGAUGUCUGCCCAACUCCAUGUUCUACUUGGCCUGGAUCACUUAACAAAAUGCAGGGUUGUUUUUAACUCAUGUCUGGGUAAAUAUUGAAUAGAACAAAAAUUACCUAAUGCUGUGUUGCUGUUACCCAACCAUGUGUUGACACGACCCAGCAUUGGGUAAUUGGGUGUGUUUUGUCCAACGUUCACCCAGCCAUGGGUUAAAAACAAUUUUGCAUUUUUAGAGUGAAAUCAUUUUUUUGAAGACUGCUUGGAUUUUAAACAAAUGUGGUUCUAUUUAGAGACUUCAGGGUAGUCUGUAAAUCUGGAAAAUGAGUAAACAACAAAAACAAAAUUAUGCUACCACUUUUAAUUGCUCUAUAAUCUGUUCAAUGGACAGCAAAAUGAACCCCUCAGAAUGGAAAAGUGUAUGCUAACCUGAUAACCUUUUCUGAUAUACUUAACCAAAAUAGCACAACAGCAGAUGUGCAGCCACAUUUAGCUCUGUGUAAUGGUGCUGUAAUCAAUUUAAGGAUGUAAGGUAAUAGUGUAAGCCAAUUCAAGCUGGUUUGGACAAAAAUUGCCAGAGGUUAAACUGUAAGCUUGUUAAACCUCUGUGGAUACUGGAAUUGAAUGUUGGGUGAUUGUUUUGCUUGUGACAGCUUGGUGAAAAGGUUUUAUUGCCCAAGUUCUUUGCUUUGGAUGCUGCAACAAGAGAAGUGAUUUAAUUCUUCUCAAAUAAAGAUUUUAGAUGGGA